AUGGUACAGGAAUUAAAGAAGAGCUUGAAGUCUAAGCCAUCGGAGCGAACAUGGAGUCACCGAGUGUCAUUGUUCUUACUUCAUUAUCGGACUACCCCACAUGGGACGACUGGAAAGACUCCAGCUGAGUUGCUGAUGAAACGUUCUCUUAGGACGAGAUUGAGUCUGUUGAAACCGGAAGCUGGGAAAAGGAUACGAGAUCAUCAAAGAGAAGAAUUUAACCAGGCUACAACCAAUGUAAGAGAAAUGGGCCCAGGAGACACUGUUUCUGUCUGGAAUCCAAGAAGGGAUGGUCGAAGCAAAUGGCUCGCAGGAAGAGUGACACAACGACUGGGACCGACAUCUUAUUUGGUAAAUGUAGACGGACACAUAAGAUACGUGCAUAUUGAUCACUUGAUAACAAGAGAUGCGACCAAUACACAAGUGAUUGUGCCAGGAGAACCGGAUAUCUUGCCAGCUACAGUCGUACCAGAUUCAUCAGGACCCGUGUUAGAAGAUCCUACACUUCCAGCAAGUACACUCACACCUACGGAGACUACAGAUGAGGAGCAUGUUAUGAGGAAAUCCACUGAGACUAAAGAUCCAGUCACAGACAAUGGAGCAACUGAACCUCAGAAGGAAAUCAGUCAAAGGAGAUAUCCAACUCGAGAGAACAGACAGCUACCUCUCAGGUAUCGAAAAAACUAAAGGGAGAGGAGUGUAGUGUAUGACACUUAAUUAGAUUAGACCUAGCUGGCAUGGUAUGUAGUAAUUAGACAUAGCACUAUUUGGUUAGUACGUUAGUGAGCGUUGUAGAGUGUGUAAUAACAAGUGAG